AUGAAGAAUGGUGACCGGGAUGUUCAGUUAGCCGGCCCAGAUACCCGUACUUUCUCGCUGUGGUCUGCUGCGAAGGCGCGCAUCAAAUCCCGGUCCAGUCCCGGUGCUGCUGUUCCCCAUGUGGCCGGCCCCGUAUCGGUCAAGCUACUUGCCCGGUGUGGUCUGUUUACGUUCGUCUCAGUCAAUGCCAUAUUUAUCGGUACGGUGAUUUGGGAUUUCGAGCGAUGGCGUCGCAAAACAGCCCGAGCGAAAGAACGAACCACUCCUGCCCUGUCCAUGCUGUUGAGCGUGUUCUCGCAUCACAGUCUAUUCCAUUUGGGCAUCAAUAUGUACGUGUUGCACAGUUUCGCGGCCAGUCUAAUUGGCACAAUCGGAGCGGGGGAUUUUCUCGCUUUGUAUGUUGGAGGAGGUGUGUUCUCCAGUUUUCUCAGUCUGCUCAGCAAAGCUGCUCGCCGUUCUCCAGUUCCGUCACUGGGAGCCAGUGGGGGGAUUUGUGCGGUACUGGGCGCGUUUUGUAUGCUUCAACCGCAUGCCCGAUUGUGCGUGCCGUUUGUCGUGGAUCUGUUCCCACACUCGUUUGAGGCCAAGAGCGCGGCGUGGACUUUGUUGAUGCUCGAAUUCGGCGCGGCUUUCCUGAUCGCCUCACGAAGCCCGAUCGAUCAUGCAGCGCAUAUGGGUGGCCUUUUGUUUGGCAUGUACUAUGGUCUUUCCGGGAGCGAGGCUAUCUGGCGACGACGCACGGCUAUUGUCUCCUGGUGGCGUCAGUUACGUGGUGAAUGA